UUAAACUAGUUCUUAUAAUUUUAUUUUGUUCACAUGCAGGCUUUUCAUGUGUUUCAUACUUCCUGCCUUAUACACUGGAUACUUCUGUGUGAGGUUGAGAUUGCAAAUCAGUCCACUAAUUCAAAAGUGAGAAGAAGAUCUAGGAGAAAAAAUGCAGCCAAGUGCAAUGGACAAGAUGGUCAGAUGAAAGCUUUGAGCACGCAAAUCCAUUCUGUAUUCUGCCCAGAGUGUCAGGGUACUGGUGCAAUCAUUGAUGGAGAUGACCUGGAGAAACCAAAUCUCCCUUUGUCUCAGAUGUUCAAGUAUAAGAUAAAGGUGAGUGAUGCACGUAGAGCGUGGAUGAAGAGUCCUGAAAUGUUGGAGAAUUGCUCGACAGGUUUUCAUUUCCCUUCCCAAUACGAAGAAGGAAUCCAAGUUUCUGAAAAGGUGAAACCAUUAAAGUUGCUGCAUUUCUACAGAGCAGAUUAAUAGAGUUGGCUUCAAGAACAGUGGGAACCAUGCGGUCGGUUGUUUUAGCUUCUCACCAUAGCAUGUAUGUUUCACUUCUAACAUGCACCUUCUUGUUGUAUAUGACUGGCUCAUGAGUAGGACUUUGGAGUGGACAGGCGUAGGUUGUAUGGAGCUGUUAGCUUUUGUGGAUAGUUUGGAUUAGUUUGCUUGAUGAGAUAUAUUUGUACAUACCUGUUGCUAACACAGGUACAUAUAUGUUGUAUACAUUGCUUAUAUAUGUCUGCAUAAUGCAAUUAUUUAUGUAAAAAUGAAUGAUAUUUGUUGUAUACAUUGCUCGUAUGUUGAGG